AUGGAACAAACACUCUCGAACUUUGAGGACGACACGUCGUAUCGUGUUGAGCGCUCGGCGCCGGAUAUUGAAGGCUUCUGUCAUCACUAUGCCAUGCGCCAGCACAAGUACGAGGAGAAAGCAAACCUAGGAUCCCUCCAAUGCCGGGCAGACUGGGUCAAGUAUAUCGGUCCGAUCGAGAGAUGGGGAAGCUGCAAUCCUUACGAAGGGCAUUUCGGCUCUGUGGUCCUACCGCUGUGCAAGCCAGAGAGACUUGCAAUCAUUAGUUAUAUCUUCGAGUAUGCCUUCUUGUAUGAUAAUGUCGUUGAGUCAUCUGCCAAAGCAACGUUGAACACGCAUGCAGAUAAUAUUGGCCUCGACGAAACGGAGUACCGCACCGUACGAUCGGUGUCAGGAACGAAACAGAUUCAGUCCAAGAUGAUGCUUGAACUCCUCUCCAUUGAUCCAGUGUGUGCAGAAGUUGUUCUUGACGCUUGGAAAACGAUGAUCGCGACAACUGCGAAGCACGAUAAAGCAAAGCCGUUCAGUAAUAUGGAGGAAUAUGUGGACUACCGAAUCAUUGACACCGGGGCACCCUUUGUCGAUACAUUGAUGCGUUUUGGCAUGGGCAUCCUGUUGACAGAGGAAGAGAUCAAGACAGUUGCCCCCAUUGUCAAACAUUGUUAUGCGGCGCUAGGUUUAGCGAACGACUACUUCUCAUUCGACGUCGAGUGGAAGGAAUUCCAGGAGAGAGACUCCGACGAAGGUGGCAUGACGAACGCCGUCUGGCUGUUUAUGCAGUGGAACAAUGUCGAUAUUGCAACGGCGAAGAGACUAGUGCGGGAGGUUACAAACCAGUAUGAGGAAGAAUACCAAAGGCGUGUUGAGGAAUUUAUUCUGGGCGAAGGACGCAACGCUACCAAGCUACACACUUACUUGCGAGCGUUGGCGUACCAGAUUCCUGGUAACAUAGCCUGGAGUUUGCGUUGCCCAAGGUACCACCCCGAACUUUGCGAGAAGGCAGGCCAUCUUCUGGAGGAUGAAAUGUCCUCUGAAAAGGCAACGGAUGUAUUAAGUCACCCUGUUGAUCAAGAGCGAGAGUCGAAUACAUCCGGGUCCGAGAAGUCGCCCGUGUGGACUGCCGAUGAUAAUUCCUCGAAAAGGUCGUCUGUAUCAUCUAUUGAUUCAUUCGCAGAGGAGGCUGAACUACCUAAGCAGGAGCAGCUGGGCACAGAGGUAGGGCGCAUGGCGAUCUAUCAUAGUGUCCGAGAAGCAUUUGUUGAUGCGAUGAAUGUAUGGCUGAUCCUUCCGAGCGAUGUCGUAAAUCGCGUCAAAUCCAUCGCAGAAACACUUCAUAACGCUUCUCUCAUGCUAGACGAUAUCGAAGACUCAUCGCCACUCCGCCGUGGGCAACCAGCAGCCCAUACAAUAUUCGGACAGGGCCAAACCAUCAAUUCAGCCAAUUACCUACUAAUACAGGCGAUGGACCAAGUACGACAGCUUGACAAUCCGAGUUGCAUGGAGGUUUUUGUGGAAGAGAUGCGGAACCUUUUCAUCGGUCAGAGCUUCGACCUGUACUGGACUCGGCAAGGCGAGUGUCCAUCGCAGGAUGAGUACCUCGAGAUGAUUAGCCAAAGCGGUCUAUUUCGCUUACUCGCUCGGCUGAUGACGGAAAAGGCAUCGUCACAUCACAACAGCACUAUCACGCUUGACUCGCUCGUCAGCCUACUGGGUCAAUACUUCCAGAUCCGCGACGAUUAUAAGAAUCUAACAGAGGAUUAUACGACGCAGAAAGGAUUCUGCGAAGACCUCGACGAGGGCAAAUAUUCCUUCCCAUUAGUUCAUGCGCUCACUACGCAGCCGCAAAACUUCCGUCUGCGUGGUAUCCUGCGAGAAUCGCGAAACACCGAAGGCAUGAGUCUGCCCCUGAAACAAUGUGUUCUGGAACAGCUGAAACAGGCUGGGAGCAUGGAGCAUACGCACUCGAUACUGGAAAAGUUGAUGAAGGAUAUCAUGGGUGAGAUUGGGUCCCUGGAACAGAAGACAAAGUGCUCGAACUGGGUGCUACGAUUAUUGGUGACUCGACUACGAGUUUGA